UCGUAAGAUACAACACAUACAGGAAAUUCACGAAGAUAAAAUCUAUCAAUUCUCGAAAGGUUAGAUAACCGCCAGAAAUUGGGUCCGUAUAUAAAACAAAUGAUGUAACCCGUCGCUUCCUAAUCAAUUUUGUGUCUUCCAUACGAAAUGAUAGGGGUUGUGAUUUUCUUGGUUGCUCUAAGAUCCGCAGGACUGACGGCUCUUGCAGAGAAUCAUGAUGAUCAUGCGUGGCAAGUCACGUACGAUGAUGGAGGUCAUCUGCAUAUGAUCAGUCGUGAUCCGUACGCCGCCAACCUCUUCGAUCAACCGGCUCCAAAGUUCGAUCCGGAGUACGACACGCGGUUCUACCUCUACACUCCUACGAAUCCGGAAAUGCCACAUCAAAUCUGGAACAACUACGAAAAUUCGGUGAUCUAUUCUGCAUUCAACGCCAGCUAUCCCACGAGAUUUGUGAUCCACGGAUGGGGUGGCGAUAUCAACUCUCCGAUCAAUCGUCGAAUCCGUACGGAACUGUUCAGCGUGGGGAAAUUCAACAUCAUUUUUGUCGACUGGAGCAACGGAAACGAUGUGUUCUAUCCGAAUUCACGUCGAUUGGUGUAUCCUGUUGGCAUUGCGACUUCGAAUUUGAUCGAUUUCCUGGUGCGGGUGAAGUACCUCAGACGUCAGGAUGUUGUGGUCAUUGGUCACAGUCUGGGGGCACAUGCCGCUGGCAAUGUUGGCAAAGGCCAGGGAGGGCGACUUCCGGUGAUUAUCGGAUUGGAUCCGGCACUGCCAUUCUUCGCCAUGGACUCGGUGGACAGAAUCAAGGACACCGAUGCGGAAUACGUGGAAGUGAUUCAUACGAACGGGGGCGUGCUUGGGUUCAUGGAACCGCUUGGCGAUGCCGAUUUCUAUCCCAACUGGGGCCGAAUUCAGCCGGGAUGUGGAGUGGACAUCGAUGGAGGAUGUGCCCAUGGACGAGCCGUGGAUUUAUAUGUGGAGUCAAUUAGUUCGCGAGUAGGAUUUGUAGGUCGGCAGUGUUCGAGCUUCCAGGACAUCCGCAACGGAAUCUGUACGGAUACGGGAUUCUCGGCUUCGAUGGGAGGAGAACCAACCAACAGGGGAAGCAGAGUGCAAGGAAUAUUUUACUUCCCAACUGCCAAUGGGCGUCCGUUUGUUAAUGAGUGUUGAGUAGUGAUAACGUGAUUUGGUUUCAAAACUUUUUACUUUUUUAUUAUUUUGAACAUAUGAAAUUUCAAAAUUAUUUAUACCAAGAUAUGUUAUAUAUUUGUGUGAUUUCUUUCAACGUGGAUUAAACAUUGUGUUCUUAGUUCUUU